UUUUUUUUUUUUUUUUUUUUUUGCUGUAAUCGCUUCUCCGCCGCUGCUACCUCCAGUUAAAUAGCAAGGACACGGGAGCGAGCAGACGGCCGUGCGAGGCGAGGAUAUUACUUUUUUUUCCGGUACCUUGAGGGAUUACGACGCGGAUUUUUUCUCUCCUCGUUUUUUUUUUUUUGUGCAGCAUCGACGGCCAGCCGCCAGGUAAGCUCGACGCACGCGCUCGGCCGCCCCCUCGUCGAUCCGCGAAAAGGCCCACGAUGUCCAGCGAAGUGCAGAGACCGGACGACAGCCCCAGCACGAGCGGGGGAAGCUCGGACAUUGAACAAAGGGAAUCGGUACCACCUGAGCAGGAGCGAGAGCAAGCACAGCCCAAAAAGAAGGAGACCAAGAUCUCGAGUAAAACCGCUGCUAAACUUUCAACUAGUGCCAAGAGGAUUCAGAAAGAGCUUGCAGAAAUAACACUAGACCCACCUCCGAACUGCAGCGCCGGCCCCAAAGGAGACAAUAUCUACGAGUGGAGGUCGACCAUCCUGGGGCCUCCGGGCUCCGUGUACGAGGGAGGGGUCUUCUUCCUGGACAUCGCCUUCACGCCAGACUACCCCUUCAAACCCCCCAAGGUAACCUUUCGCACGAGGAUCUAUCACUGCAACAUCAACAGUCAGGGGGUGAUCUGUCUGGACAUCCUGAAGGACAACUGGAGCCCCGCCCUCACCAUCUCCAAGGUGCUGCUGUCCAUCUGCUCCCUGCUCACAGACUGUAACCCAGCCGACCCUCUGGUGGGAAGCAUCGCCACACAGUACCUGACCAACAGAACAGAGCAUGACAGAAUAGCCAAACAAUGGACCAAGAGAUACGCCACAUAGACUCCCCGCCGCGGACCAGCCCCUCCUGAACCUCCCUCACCCUCCACUGAACCUCUCUCUACCUCUCUCACCCUUAGUCUGUCAAAGCACACUCACUAAGUGCAACGGUAAACCUGCCCUCCUGUCGCCCUCCUCGUCCUCCUCCUCUUCCUCUUUCCCAUUUUAUCUACCUUUUCUGUGUAAAAACAAAAACAAAAAAAUCAAACUAAACAAACAAACAAAAAAAAAUGUCCUUUGUUCCUUGUUGACUUGAAAGCUUCUUUUUUAUACAAAGAGUAGAUUGGGAUUUUUAUUUUCCAAUAUCUGAAUGUUGGAAGUAUUGUAUUGGAGAAAAAAAACACAGAAUAUUAUAAUUAUCAUACGCAUUGUCCUCCAGCUAUACAGUAUGUAUUCUCAUUUUCUUAGUGGCACCUGGAACAAACAUGCAGAAUAUGCUUUUACUUUGUUUUCCUUGUUUUUUUUGGUUUGUUUUUUUUUGUAUUUGUCAUCAGUAUGUUAUCUGCAUGGAACAGGAAGAUUUGCGUAAAUGGAUCCUUCAUGCUUUUUAACUUCCUCUGAUUUUGUUUGUACUGUAUGUAUUUUUUCAAAGGCUUUUGAGGCAGACCACAAAAGUAUAGGUCUGCCUGUGAAAGAGGCAGGACUUGUAUAUUUACUGGCUACCCGCCACCUCUGCAAUUGCAGAGUGGUUUGUUGUGCACUUGUAUUACUGAAGCACCCAAUAAAACACACUGUGGUUGGCUUGUGAGAAAACG